UAUAAAAAGGCCACUCACCUAGAGCCACAAGCUCCAGACCAGCCACUACAACUCUGCUAAUCUCAAGCACUUGCCUCUACAAGUACCUUUCUUGGGACCAGUUUCCAAUCUCUGGGAUCCCCAAUUAUAGAACUUGGAAGCUAGUGGAGACAGAAAGAUGGGGAGCCUGGGCUAGGUGUAGGGGGCCUGGGUUCCAGGUUUUGCUACUCAGCUCUUGACUUGUGUUUCCCCAUUUUAAAUGAGCAGUUUGGACUAAGCCAUUUUUAAGGAGAGAGAUGGGGAGGGCUUCCCCCUUAGCACAAGGGCAGCCCUGGCCCUGGCUGCAGCCCAACCUCAACCUCCAAGACUGUGAGAGGAUGGGGACUCAUCCCUGGAGGAGAUGCCCUUCCUGGUAUUGAAAAAGAGUGCCCUGGGAAGGGGGCAUCACAGGCUAUUUUAAUCAGCCCUGGGACCUUGGCUUCCUCAGUGUCACUGGGUAGGGGGAGCUCCCGGUCCCCUGGGUGUGUAGAAGGUAUCAGCAGAAAGCCAGCACUGGCAGGGACCCUUUGGCACAAUGCCCAGCAUGCAUGCUGUGCCAGGGGCUGACAAGGGUGCUGUCCUUGGCUUCCCCGUUUUGGGGUGGUCACUUGCCUCUACUCCAGCUCCAGAAGCAGAAACUAACAGAGAGGAUGGGUGGAGGAGAGAGCCAGGGUUCAGGCUGGGAAUCUUGAGGCUUCUUGCCAGUUGUCAGAUUCUGUGAUGCUCAAAGGGUGAGCUCUGGGGGCACAGGACACAUGGUAGAUGAAUCUUAGUCUUUCUGGUAUCCAGUUGGGAGCCAAGCACAGAACACACAUCAGUGUUUAUCAAAUGACUGAGGAAAUGAAUGAAUGAAUGUCUCCAUCUCAACCCUCAGCCUGGUCCCUCCUUCCUUUUUCCCUGUAGUUGGUACAGAUGGCAUUGUCCCAGUCUGUUCCCUUCUCGGCCACAGAGUUUCUCCUGGCCUCUGCCAUCUUCUGCCUGGUAUUCUGGGUGCUCAGGGGUUCGAGGCCUCGGGUCCCCAAAGGCCUGAAAAGUCCACCAGAGCCAUGGGGUUGGCCCCUGCUCCGGCAUGUGCUGACCCUGGGGAAGAACCCGCACCUGGCACUGUCAAGGAUGAGCCAGCUCUACGGAGACGUGCUGCAGAUUCGCAUUGGCUCCACACCCGUGCUGGUGCUGAGCAGCCUGGAUACCAUCCGGCAGGCCCUGGUGCGGCAGGGCGACGAUUUCAAGGGCCGGCCUGACCUCUACAGCUUCACCUUCAUCACUGAUGGCCAGAGCAUGUCCUUCAGCCCAGACUCUGGACCGGUGUGGGCUGCCCGCCGGCGCCUGGUCCAGAACGCCCUCAACACCUUCUCCAUCGCCUCUGACCCAGCCUCCUCAUCCUCCUGCUACCUGGAGGAGCAUGUGAGCAAGGAGGCUGAGGCCCUGAUCAGCAGGUUGUAGGAGCUGAUGGCAGGGCCUGGGCACUUCGACCCUUACAAUCAAGUGGUGGUGUCAGUGGCCAAUGUCAUCGAUGCCAUGUGCUUCGGACAGCACUUCCCCAAGAGCAGUGAUGAGAUGCUCAGCCUCGUGAAGAACAGUCAUGAGUUCGUGGAGAGUGCCUCCUCCGGGAACCCCGUGGACUUCUUCCCUAUCCUUCGCUACCUGCCCAACCCUGCCCUGCAGAGGUUCAAGGCCUUCAACCAGAGGUUCUGGUGGUUCCUGCAGAAAACAGUCCAGGAACACUAUCAGGACUUUGACAAGAACAGUGUCCAGGAUAUCAUGGGUGCCCUGUUCAAGCACAGCAAGAAGGGGCCUAGAGCCAGCGGCAACCUCAUCCCCCAGGAGAAGACUGUCAACCUUGUCAAUGACAUCUUCGGAGCAGGAUUUGACACAAUUGCAACAGCCAUCUCCUGGAGCCUCAUGUACCUUGUGACCAAGCCCGAGAUACAGAGGAAGAUCCAGAAGGAGCUGGAUGCUGUGAUUGGCAGGGGGCGGCGACCCCGGCUCUCUGACAGACCCCAGCUGCCCUACUUGGAGGCCUUCAUCCUGGAGACCUUCCGACACUCCUCCUUCGUCCCCUUCACCAUCCCCCAUAGCACAACAAGGGACACAACACUGAAUGGCUUCUACAUCCCCAGGGAAUGCUGUGUCUUCAUAAACCAGUGGCAGGUCAACCACGACCCGGAGCUGUGGGAGGACCCAUCUGAGUUCCGGCCGGAGCGGUUCCUCAUCGCCGAAGGCACCACCAUUAACAAGCCCUUGAGUGAGAAGAUAAUGCUGUUUGGCCUGGGCAAGCGCCGGUGCAUUGGGGAGGUCCUGGGCAAGUGGGAGGUCUUCCUCUUCCUGGCCAUCCUGCUACAGCAACUGGAGUUCAGCGUGCCGCCCGGCGUGAAAGUCGACCUGACUCCCAUCUACGGGCUGACCAUGAAGCACGCCCGCUGUGAACACUUCCAGGCGCGGCUGCGCUUCUCCAUCAAGUGAAGACGACGCCACCAUGCUGAGGCCAGGGAGCGAGUGGGGGCCAACCACGGGGACUCAGCCCUUGUUUCUCCUCCUUUCUUUUUUA